CGCGCGGCGCGUCCCUGUCACAAUGUGUGGCUUAGGUUUCAUUGCGUGGCUUUCCACAUCUUAGGCACGCGCCCUCGAGGGUUUGAGCAGGAGAAAUAGCAGCGGAUCUUCGCGGCACUCCCGGCUCCCUCGGAGGACACUGUUCCCGCUUUAACGAACGGGCGACAGAGACGGAUUCGGGAUUCGAAAGAGGGUUUUUCAGUUCAUGGGAAUGAGGAACGUGGAGUAAUUUUGGCAAAUGGAUUCCAAUAAAGAAAGGAAGAAUAAGCCAAACAGUUAAAAUGCUUUGAAGAAGCAUACUGCACAUUUGUUUCAUCUGUGACAACAAAAACAAUCAAAAUGAAUUCAACUUUUUUUCCCCAGGUUGAAAAUCAUUCGGUUCACCAUAAUUUGUCAGGAAAGAAUUCCAUGUCUUUGACUUUUGAAAAUAAUGACUGUCAUCUUCCCUUGGCUGUGAUAUUUACCUUAGCUCUUGCUUAUGGUGCGGUGAUCAUUCUAGGGAUCUCUGGAAACCUGGCUUUGAUCUUAAUCAUCUUGAAACAGAAGGAGAUGAGAAAUGUCACCAACAUCCUGAUUGUGAACCUUUCCUUCUCAGACUUGCUGGUUGCCAUCAUGUGUCUCCCCUUCACAUUUGUCUACACGCUAAUGGACCACUGGGUCUUUGGUGAGACAAUGUGCAAACUGAACCCUUUUGUGCAGUGCGUUUCAAUCACCGUGUCCAUCUUCUCCCUGGUUCUCAUUGCUGUGGAGCGACACCAGCUGAUCAUCAACCCACGAGGGUGGAGGCCAAACAACAGACAUGCUUACAUAGGCAUCGCUGUCAUCUGGGUUCUUGCAGUAGCUUCCUCUCUGCCCUUCCUGAUCUACCAAGUGCUGACCGAUGAGCCAUUCCAAAAUGUAACGCUGGAUGCCUUCAAAGACAAGUUGGUCUGCUUUGAUCAGUUUCCAUCAGACUCUCAUCGGCUGUCUUACACUACUCUUCUCUUGGUGCUCCAGUACUUUGGUCCACUCUGUUUUAUAUUUAUAUGCUACUUUAAGAUAUACAUUCGUUUAAAAAGGAGGAAUAACAUGAUGGACAAGAUGAGAGACAAUAAGUACAGGUCCAGUGAAAGCAAAAGAAUCAAUGUCAUGCUGCUGUCCAUCGUGGUAGCCUUUGCCGUCUGCUGGCUGCCGCUUACCAUCUUUAACACUGUGUUUGAUUGGAAUCACCAGAUCAUUGCCACGUGCAACCACAACCUGUUGUUCCUGCUGUGCCACCUCACCGCGAUGAUAUCCACUUGCGUCAACCCCAUAUUUUAUGGAUUCCUGAACAAAAACUUCCAGAGAGACCUACAGUUCUUCUUUAACUUUUGUGAUUUCCGGUCCCGGGAGGAUGACUAUGAAACAAUAGCCAUGUCCACAAUCCACACAGAUGUGUCCAAGACUUCUCUGAAGCAAGCAAGCCCAGUUGCAUUUAAAAAAAUCAACAAUGAUGAGAAUGAAAAGGUGUGAAAGUGCUUGAAGCAUAUGGUCUCACUGUCCUCCGUUUAAAAGCAAGUUCAGCCUGCCGCAUAGUUUCAUGACCUGCUCUCCCAAGGAAUGCAGUUGAAAUCAUUUGAGACAGACCAAGUUUCUUGUCUUGCUUUUUACUGCUUUUGUCAUGGUUGCUGUUAAUACAUUUGGAACAAAAUGUGUGGAAUCUCCUGGCAAUAGUUUUAGCCACAAUUCCUGGAAGUGCUUUCUAUGAAAUUAUGCAUAUAAUAAAGAUUUUGAGACUGUAUUUAUUAGAAAGAAAUUUCUCAGAAGUAUUACUGUAAACUGACUUCAGAAGCACUAGUCCCCAUUAAAGUCACACUAUAUUGGCCUAUCUUGAUUAGAGUGCCAUUGCGUUGUCACCCUCAUUAAUGAGAGGCAUCAUUUUAGUCUGUUACAGAGGUCACAGUAUGAAAAAGCUACAAUAGGAAUGAGGAGCCCAUAGGGAAUCUGAAGUUAUUCAGGAGUGAUUUUCCUUUUAUUUGUUUUUUCUAAUGUUAAGAGAAGACUUAAUUUCCUUCUCCUAGUUGUCAUGUAACAUGAAAAUGUAUAAAAAUGCUUUUAAGCUAUGAAUAACAUGAGGAAUUAGACCAUCCACAAGUAAGUAGGAAAUCAGUUCCCUGAUUUCCAAACUAUUUUGGUACCUGAAAACCAAAGCAUUUUAGAGGAAUUAGCUUUAUACACAUAUUAACAUUGCUGCAAAUAAAUAUAUUUAUUUGAAUGGAUAUUCAAGAAGUUACCCACCCUUUAUAAAAUGUUUAGUGUUUGUCAAGCUUUCAGAUACAAUCACGUAAUUCAAAAGACAUUUUAAGCUUUACAAUAUAUAGAAAUGCAAAGUGUAUUUUCUAUACAGCAGUGCUACGUGAUAAAAUCUUUUUAACUUUCACUCUGCUUUCAAAGCAAAGAAUACCAUGGGGCAAUAUUAUAAAGCAAAUUGUCUAGCUAGCUGGGAUAAAUGAUGAAAAACUUCCUAUAGCUCAAGUUACUUUGUAUAAACUGUGUGAUUUGUGGAAUCUUAUAAACCAUACACUAUAUAGAGUACUGCAUAGUUGUGCUGUGUGAAUGUAUUUAAUUUCAUGUAUCUUGUAAUCAGGAUUGAGCCUCAUAAUGUUUUCAAGAAAAGACAUUUUGAAGAACAAGAUAUAUCUCCAAUCUAUUAUACAAAGUAUUAAAUGUGUUUGAAUUCAGAAGG